CACAAGCAAACACAAACAUCCAACACCACACCACACCACACCAGAUAUCAAUACCUUGAAAUACAAUCGCACUCCGCGGCCCUGUCGAUACUCCGUAUAACUGCCGCUACCUCGCCAUCACAUAUCACAUUCCACAUUUCGCAUAGCUAUAGCUAUAACUAUAGCUCCCUUGACUGCAAACACCAUGGAUGGGAAUGAUAUACCAGUAACCGGAUCAGACGAUCUCGAGAGACACCUUCGACAGUUGAUCGCCUUUCCAGAUACUCCUCUCAAUGCAAGGUUGUUCGAUGAAGUCGAGUUGCAGCUCACGGGUAGGUGAUUGAUACAAGGACAACAAUCACAGUAUCAAGCUUUCUAACGCCCCUCGCCCUCAGAGAGCAAUACUCCGCGUCUGAUACCUCGACUCUUGCCACCGCUAUCCGAAAUACUUCUCACCUACGAUAAAGACCCAACAAUUCUCGCAAGUCUUGCCGUCAAACUCCUCCGCCCAAUCCGCUUUACCGAAGCUCUCACCCUCGCAUCCGAAGAUGCUCUCAUCCAGGCCUUACAAUCACCCGCACCUGCUGCAAAUAUCCUCGCUCUAGAGAUCAUCGGCAAGGCAAGAAGGAGUCCUGCUGAUACAGCCAUUUUGUCUAUAAUGAAGGGUGUGGUCGAAAACGUGGUAAGGACAUGUCUUAGCACGCCUCAUGUUGAGGUGGGCGAGAAGGCAACACAGAUGUUGGGUGACCUACUCGAGGUAGACUGCGAUAGGAGGUCGUCAGCUGGCAUCGACACGAAGAUGAAAGGACUGCAACUAGCAGGAGGAAUGCCACCUGGACAGGGGCUGUUAUGGCGACGGAUAUUUCAUGACCAGCAGGUAUAUGAGUUGCUCCUUGAACUUUGUAGCUCGCGUACCGUCGGAACUGGCGAUGGCAAGUUGGACGAGAGACAGAAAUCUUUGGCUCAGGGUCGACUAUUGCGAGUACUCCCACGGCUUUCGGCCCUCGACUUUCAUACCAUUACCCAUUCAAACUUCCCUGCUGUGGAUGCAAAAUACGGAAUGCCGGCCGAAGAACAUGGGAUUCUGUACUUUGCACUGGUUGACAUGGUAAACAAGGAUGAGGACAUGCUGAUGCACGUUUACUCCAUUGAUGUUUUUGUCGAGUUUCUUGAAACUAUGAGCGUCACUGAACUCACGCAGUCGACAAUGGACUAUCUUGCGCAUUUGGUAAAAGCGGUUGCUUCCUCCGACAACACUCUUUACCAAACGCUUCAAUCAAUCGCCUCGUCCCCCAGCUCUUCACCCGAAAUCGUCGACCUGCUAGUCCGAUUGAAUCAAUAUGAGCAUUAGAUACCAACAGCUGAUCCAAUCUGACAGAUAUUCUGGGAAAUUGGGAAUUGAAUGCAUAACACCAGUGAGAUAUUGAAGUGGUGAGCCAUCACUAGUUUUCUAACGAAUCACCUUUUACUUACUUGAUUUUUGCGGUUUAAUCCUUAUGGGUUCAAUUUGCCAAGGGGUAUACUACUGGGCCAUGGCUAGCUGGAACCAUG